UUAUGAGCUGACUAGUUCAAGUACAUUUUUUGGUCUUGAAGAAUUUAUGACUGUUAUGUGUUUAGAUGAGAACAUGGUGAAUCAAGACAACAUAUUAAAACAAGCGUAUGAUAACCUUGAUUUCUCAAAACUACAGGAUGAUAUAACACACUUUGUGGAGUUGUUUGGUUCUGUGGAUCGCCGCCAGAUGGGCAGUAUUUCUACAGAGUCAUUACAAGGUAUUUUGUCAACUGCCCUGGAUCAGGAAAUCAAGGACAGCACAUACAAACAAAUUUUGUAUGAUCUUGGAAAGGAUCAAAAUUCCAGUAUUGAUAAAAUGGAAUUUUUGGCUGACAUACCAUAUUUCUUGACAUACAGAAAUUGAGAACACAGAUCAGUAUCAGGUGAUGCC